CCACCUCCCCCCCCCCCCCACCUCCUCGAUCCCAGACCCGAGGCCGAGCGGUUUACCUGCUGGGCCCGGGCUGCUGGAGGCGGAAGCUGGCCGGUUGUGAGCUGGGCCGCAGGAGGAGCAGCCGAGUGAAGCGGUGACCGGAUGAGGAAGAAGAGUUUAUUUAUGUGAAUGUUUCCUCAUUGCUGGAGCUGCGGUUCGGUGAUGAGCCCCGUGUCCAUAAACCUCCCUCAGGUUCAGCACUGAAGACCCAGGCUCGAUUGUUAAUUGACAAUGUUUGCUAGAAGAUGAAACCAAAAACCAUGAAGAGAAAUAAACAGUGGAAUGUCAGCAAAGCACUGGCUCUUGCCAGCCUCUAUCACUUUCUUCACUGUGCAGCAACAGCCUGUAUAAUUCCAUUCCUUACCAUAUAUUUCAGACAGCUUGGAUUAACUGCGCCAUUUGUCGGCAUUGUCAUGGGGGCAAAGUAUUUUAUUUCCCUGCUUUGUACUCCCUUUUGGUCUUACUGUGCUGGACGCCAUAACAAAAGAAGAAUUCUUGUGCUUGGCUCCCUGUUGUCAUCAAUAGGAGCAGGUCUUUUACUCACACUCAUUCCACCCGGUGAUGAAAAAGUAGAAUACAAAUUCUGCAACACAAGUAUGUAUGCAAAAAACAGUUGGAAUCAAAAUAUAAGACCAGAAGGCAAAGACAGUGUUGGUGAUUUUAAGAUGAAUAAGAUUGCACAGACCAUUCUUCCCACAAUAUUGAAUGCUGCUGUAACAGGCCAUCCUCGUUCAACAUUCCAAAUGAAAGAAAACCUCCAGUUGCUGACCACUGCUGAACCAUCUGCUGUGAGCAACAUAACCAAACCGCUAACCAAACAUCCAGACAAGACUGAGCUGAGUAAUGUUACAAAUUCAAAAUUCUCAGCUCUGUCAAAAGAUGUGGGUAGCGCACAAAAUGCAAAUGAUCAUCUUCAAUCAAAGCAGAACCAAUUUCUGCCAAUUGAAGACUCUGGCCAGGCAAGAACUAUGAGAGAAGCUGCCAAGCACCUUCCUGUUAAAGAAAAUAACAAAGAGGAAAACGACAGUUUAGAUGUUUAUUCUAGUACAGUAAACAGUCAUGUCAUGAAAAGGAAUGUUGCUUUGAAGAUCAGUUCUGAUGACAGAAAAGAAAAGCAACGCAUCAACACUGAGCCUAAUCACAGUUUUAAAAUUCUGGAUAACCAGAACCAGACAUUUGUGCUUAUUUUACUAGCUAUAUCUUUAUGGGAGAUUUUAGCAUCAGCUCCGGAUUGGGUUGCAGAUGAUGGGCUGUAUGACUACCUGGACUUUGUUGACUCUGUUGAUCGCUAUGGUAAACAGUGGAUUUGGGGUUACUUGGGCACAGCUGGAGCAGCUUUUAGUAUUGGCGUCCUUGUGGACAGGCUGAAUUGUUUCCUCAAUGCACAUACUCCUAGAAUUGCCGUGCACUUUUAUAGCUAUGCAGUGCUGAUUACUUUGACACUUCUUGUUGGUGUGUUCUAUCCAAUUCACACUGCUAAGAAAAAUGACAUGGUAAACCGCACUGUCAAAGGAUUGCACCUGUUGGGAAGUGAUGGAAGGGCCAUCUUGUAUGUGAUCACUGUCUUCAUCACAGGAGCUAUCGGAUCAACAAUAAACAACUUCCUCUUUUGGCAAAUGCAGAAUAAGGGAAGCAGCGAGGCUUUUAUGGGAGCUGCAGUUGCAAUUGGCUUUAUAGCUGAAGUUCUACUUUUUCUUUUUAAGGACAGAGUGCUAAAGAUCCUUUCACUUUCUGGAACAGUGGCUUUGGGACUAAUUUGCCUUGCGGCUCAGCUGCUCUACUAUUCAUUCCUCUGGUCCUCUUGGGCAGUUUUGCCUGUUCAAGUCUUGAAUGCUUUUAGCAAUGGUGCCUUGUGGUGGGCUGUUUGGAGUCAAUGUAAUGAUCUAGCUACCCUUGGUACAGAAAGGACACUCCAUAAAAUCUACCAUGGGCUUUCCUUUGGUCUAGGUGCAAGUUUUGGCAGUUUUUGCAGUGGCUUCAUUGUGAAUAGUUUUGGCAUAGAAAGACUUUACCAAGCAUGCUCUGCUACUGCAAUGCUUUGGGCAGUGGUGUUCCUCAUUGCACAGUCUAAGAUUCCUCGGCAAAAGAGGUUAAACUACUCACGACUGUUAGCAGCUGAUACCAGUGAUAUGAGUGACUCGGAUGAUGAGCAAGAUAAAGAUUGGCUUGUUACGGCCCUGAAAAAUGAAAACGUUUUACAGAAGUAGCUAGUUUACUAAGCUCAUCUCUCUAGGGUAUUCCCUGUUGAAUAUAUAAGACAUCCUCAUGUUUGGCACAAAUGCUCUGGUUGUUGCUUUAAAAUUCAAGCCAAAGUAUAUAAUAAACAUCUGGAAUAGAAAUUUUCAGGUGACAAUUUAGUAAUCAGGUUAAGAUUAAAUGAUGUGCUAUUAAAUACUGUAUACCAGUUCUACUUUAAGUGUGGUUUUUUGACUCUUUUUGGCACUUUUAGCUACGAAAUGUAGGAUUGAGAUUUUUUUUAAAAAGGCAAAUUAUGGGAAUUUAAUUUUUGAAUAAAAUAGAAUAUUUGUUUUGAAAUGGAAAUGUCCCUUUAAUAGUUGUUAGGCCAUAACUGUGAUGACUGGAUGUUAUUGCUUAUGUGGUGUCUUCAGCUAAUUGAAUAUAAAGCUGUUUAUGGUAUUCUUCUAUACCUACUCAUUAAAAUACAGUGAACACUUGGAGGGCAAGAAAUGAUCUGGACUGACUGUUUUCUCAUUCACCAUUCCACUGUUAGUGGUGAGAAAGGAAAGUGCUACCAAGGGCCCACUUCUGGACUUAAUACGCAAAAAUAAUUUAAAUAGAAAAACUGCAUUCAUGUAGCACCUCUACCUUAUCAUGCUCUUGUUAAUUCCUUGUCACCAUAGCCUUAAUGGGACCGUUGGCAUUUUCUUGCUUCGUCUCUGGUUUUCUUCAAUCCUCCCUUAGUCCAUGUCUUGAUGUUAUCCACCCAUCCAAUCUUUCUUCUUCCUCUUCUGUUUCUACCCUCAUUUUCUCCUUCAAUUAUUGCUAGGACAAGGUUGUGGGGUCUUCAUUUCCAGUGUCUGUACUUGACUAUCUUUCUUUCUCUAACUACUGAACAGCCCUUUUGAUUCCUGAACUUCUAUCCUCGAUCUAACCCACAUAUUUUGUCUUUCUGUCCUUCCAGCUGAUCCUAAGCAUCCUCCUCCAUGCCCACAUUUCAAAAGCUGUUCUCCUCCUCUUAUCCUUUUUUUCAGGGUCCAACUCAUUCAUAGAGUGUAACACUCCACACUAGUGACUGUACUGGAUGUUGUUUUUCAGCUUCAUGCUAUUGCUUUUGGACUUGCAGUUCCAGACACUACUUAAGUCACUGGUCACACCUCUUGCUGUAGUUAAUCUAACCUGGAUUUUCCAUAUAGAGCCACAAUGUUGGUCAUUGCCUCAGUUAUGGUCAGCGCAGAAGACUCACUGUGUCUUUUGACUAGGCCUGCCGUGGUCUCUAACUCUUCCUUUGUUCUGGUGAUGAGCGUGAUGUUGUCAGCAGACUUGAGAAUCUAUAUGUUCCGACCUCCUAUGAUGUAGCCCAAUCUCUGGUAGCUCUUCCUGUGCCAUCCUCAUUACCUUCUCUCAUUGGCAUGCUCUCUUCACUUCACAAAAAAUGUCUCCUAUCCAACAAACUACAUGUGUUGUCUUUGUACUCUUAUCUUUUCAUGUCUUUCUUCCCUCUUAUUUUUCUCUCUUUACCACACUCCCCAACAUCAAUGGAUGCUCUUCAAAGCUGUAUUCAUACGCUCCCCCUUGCUUAGCUUAAAGUAUUACUGGCAUGAAUUUGCAUCAAGUUCCCUGUUUACUCUUUUUUGGUGAGAAAUAGUAAAUGGCAUGGAGAGACAUAAAGGGAUAUGGAGACACAUUCUUAUUUUAAAAACUGAAGUAUGAGCAAUUAUUUCAUAAUUCAUGUUCUUUAACUUUGUAUUUUAAAAAUUUCUACGCUAUAGAAAAUUUAAAAAUCUUGGAGAGGUUACAGUAUCACGUGUUCCUCAUUCUAGAUUUUUGUCUCAUUAAGGGUACCGAUCAGUAAUUAAACUCAGGUUUAGAUUUGAAAUAAAAAUGCAAAGUGUUGGAGAUACAGUAUGAGUCUGUUAGCAUUUGAAAAGAAAAGGUAAAGGUGUUUUAGGUGGAAGUGUUUGUCAGAAUUGAAGGCACUGAUGCAGCAUUACAGUGGAGGAGAAAAACAUGUAAAAGUCAAGUACAGAUAUGCUAACUGCAGUUAUGAACAGGCAGCUACUAGUUUUUUUACAUCUAUAAACUAGAAAAUGAUUGAAAAUCGCUGGAUAAUUUUCCACACUAAACAUUAAUACUACUUUAUGCUGCACUAAAUGUUUUCUCUGUCAUGCCAAACAUGCCCAGUUAAGUCAGUCAACCAACAGGUCAAUUAGUGCGUUUAGCAUUUGCAGAUUAGUUUAAGAUGGAUUUAUUCUUCUAGCAAAAUACCUGCAUAUUGGGUUUGUUGGUGACUCCGUUUGUAAAGCUAGUGUAGAGCAGCCGUACCAGCAAAAUGUUCCCAUGUUUAGUAUCUGGCCUUUUCUGAAUUAGCUGAUUAAAACUCCACUUGUUCUCAAGAAAAGCUGAAGUUGAGGAACCCAGCCUGACAUUUCCAGUUCUUGACUGAUUCAAUGAUAUCCUGCUAAGUAGGACAUGAGUGAAUGUUUGGUGAGGAUAGGAUUGACCUAGGCUGUGAUGCCCUCUUCCCAUGCCUCAUUCCCAUCCCAAGCCUCUCCAUGGUGAGAUAAUGUGAUAACAUUGAGUAGUGUGACAUGAAGAAUGGCUGCUUGGAUGAGGUUCCAGAGGGAGACAUGUUACCCUUCGUACUGACCCACAGCAGGAAUGAUUGAUUUCCAGAUAGGAAGGCAAUUUAAAAAAAUGUAACUGAGAACUUCAGGAAAAACACAACCUUCUGAAGACCUGCACGACACAUUUUGAGGUUGGAAACUCUUCUUGAAAUAGUUGCAAAUGGAGAAUCAUGCAACGCACAGUGAGGCCAUUCAUCCCAUUGUGCAUGUGCUGGAUCUUUGAAGGAGCUAUCCAAUUAGCUCAUUAUACUGAACAUUUUCUAUUUUCCUACUUGAUUCCUUUGUCAUUCAAGCUUGUAGAAUUUGAAGUGAGGAACAAUUUUAUUUUUGUGGUAUUUUUGUUCAUGCUUUCCAUUUUCAUUUGAAAAAAACAUGCAGAUGUUCCACUGUCUUCCCAGUCCAAUUGAACAUAAGCUGUUUCUCAGCUGGUAGGUCAGGCAAUGAGCUGAUCUGCUUCAAGGACCAAUAUCAUUUCAAAACCAGGUGCAGGGUGCUUCACUCCAUGUACCUCAGCUAUGAACCCUCCAUACUGCAGUACUGUAUGUUAGUACACUAAUAAAAUCUGACAAUUACACUAACAAUAAUUGUUUGUGAAGUAAGUUAAGCAUAGCUAUACCAUGAAGCUCUUGGUUAGCUACUUAGGGUGGGACGGAGGAGGGAAUUUUCUUGAUUUACAAAAUUAAAUAUGUAGAAUUUGUUUAGAGAAAUUUUGUAUGCAAAUUGGAACAAAAUCUUUGCACACGCAUCUUACGCCUCUGCCUAUUAACAUGCAAAGUAAUUGCAUGUUUUUGUUGAGUGAAGAAUUUCAUUCAUAUUUCCUCAAAAGAAUUAACAUUCCACUGUAAGCACAUUGAAGUAUACUGUAACAUUGUAGUUGCAUUUGAAAACAAAAUACUGUGAAUGUCUCAACAAUAUAUUACUUAGCUCUUUAAUUAUAUGUCUCUCAUGCAGAUCUUUUGCACUGUGGUGGUGUUCCAUUAUGAAAUCAAUGCUGAAUGCACUGUUUUCUUUUUGGGGGAAAGAGUGUUUUACAUUUUGAUACGACUUCGUUUGAAUAUAUAAAAAAUUCCCUAUGGAAAAAGAGAACAAUGAAGGUAAAAUAAGUGUGGAUGUUUCCUUAAAGAAGAAAAAUCUUAAUUCCUAGAGUUAAUUGGCUCCUUUUCUUGAAGUUAGCUAGUAGAACUAGAUGAAACCCUGGUUUCAUUUUCCUUUUCUGGAAUUUAAAUUAUUUUUAAAAAGUGGGACUAUUUUUAGGGUUCUCCAUACUUUUGGUUGAAACUGGUCAAUCUAUUUUCCAUUGUUGCACUUAUUGCUAAUAAGAGGAAUAACCAUUGUUAUUUUUUAAUUGUUAGGAAAUGUGUGAAAAAUCAGAAAAUAUCAUUUGUUUGAGAUUUGCUACCGCUUGUUUGGGGAGGAUGCGGGAUAAGGUUAUAAACAAAUAUUCUUUGUGCUUAGAAAUUGAUUUGAGACAUUCUUGCACUUGUAAAAAAAAACGGAAUGUGCCUUCAGGGAGGGGUGCUAUGUUUCUGUCUUCAGGCAAUAUUACAAAUUGUGCAGUGGGUAAUUGAAAUUGCACUUUUUACUUGGUAACCACUGCUGUAUGAUGGUGUAUUUGGUUGUAUAUUAAAGCUCUGUAAAUAUUGAAAAAUAUAUUAAAUGUCUCUAUUAGUAAAUGUACUUGUAGCUUAUUUAUUGGACUGGUGAUUGGAUAUAUUGAUUUUAAAUAAAUGAUUUUAUUGAAA